UUCAUUUCAGUUUUCACACAUAGAAGAGAGAGAGAAAGCUAGAGAGAGAGCUAUGAAGAAGAGAGGAAGAGCAGCGAUGAAGAAGACAUCAGCAGCUGAUUUCUUAACCUCGCCACCAGAAGAGAAGACAGUGAAAACUCGCCAGAAGUCCACCGAGUCAUCGCCGACGAAAUCCUUCGAAUUCACUCUUAUGAAGGAGAGAGGAAAAGCAGCGACGAAGAAGACAUCGGCAGCUGAUUUCUUAAACUCGCCACCAGAAGCGAAGACAGUGAAUACUCGCAAGAAGUCUACCGAGUCAUCGCCGACGAAAUCCUUCGAAUUCACGCUUAAUUCUCCGUCUUCAAAUGCUGCAAACCGCCGGAAAUCACCGAUGAAAUCUUCGCCGUUACGCAAAACGGAGGUUUCUUCUUCAAUAACUGAGCUGAAAGACGCGGUUUCGUCGCAUCUAGACUCGAUAAAGCGGCAAGUUGAGCGCUCUCACUCCGACAUUCUCAAGGAGGCCGAAUCCUCUAAUUCUCGCCUUCACAAGCGCUUGAAGAUUCAGGCUCAAGCAUGCCAGAACCUAAUGGAUGAGACAGACAAGGAAUUUAAGAAGAUGUCUGAAAGGGUAGCUGAAAGCUGUGAAGCAAUGAAGGCUUCAUAUUCCGAGUUCAUGGUGGAUGCACAAACCAGUGCUGCUCGUGUGUGUAAGACAUCCAUCCCAGAGAAGGCUCCGUCUUUUGAGAAAGCUAUGGAUUCUCUCCGCAAACGCUAUGGGAUCUUUUCACCAGCUUAAAGUUGCUUUAUGCUUUUCCUGGAAAAUUGCUGGAGUACAGAUAAUUUGAUGUCAGAAAGAUCGAUUGAGAGAGACACUUGUAGAUGCGCCCCUACUUAGUAGUUAGUAUUCGUCCAAGAGAAAGUCUUAGACUAUACUUCGUACUAGGUAUAGUCCUUAAAACCUAUACUAACAUUAAAAUAUUAUAGAGAACAUUCAGCAAAUUUAACACGAAUCAAUUCUGACAAGUUCUUGAGAGAAACACAAUAAAAUCAUGUUAUAGAGCUGAUCGGGCCGUAAAACGUCAGUCUAAUUCAACGACCCAAACUUGGUAUAAUCAGAUUUCGCAGUGUGGGCUAUUUAGACUAUCGAUCUGGGCGGAUAUAUAUUUAUAUUUGAGCUUUUUGGGCUCAAGCACUAUGGUACGUCGUGCAACUACAGCUCCUUAGCCGCUCCAUUAGGGUCUUUCAUAUUCAAUGUCCGAAUCGCAGGACAUUUAUAUGACAGGGAGGGAUUAAGAAAAGUAAAUGCAUCGGGGCUCAGAAGGAAACAUGGCGAGGAGUCACAGCGGCAAAUAUAAUGAGUAGUUUAAACUGAUAAACGUAAGGUGCCUUCCGGAAUCACGGGUAGGCAAACACGGUGGUUACACCUUCCCCCUCCAACGCUCCGACAAGCACGUUGGACGCCCUUGAUGGGUUCCGUAGGGUGUAUAAUGUAAGGCCAAGGGGGGCGAUGUUGGGUGGUGGUAGCUGUAUGUGAUCAAUCCGUGGACUAUGGACCGUGGUGCACAUAGAGCAUGGUGCACCAAAAGAACAUAUGUGCAUAAGCAAAAGAACAUGACACUACGGCAAAAGAACAUGCGAUAUAAUAUUUAACUUUUUUGUUAUAAAAAUAAUAUAUUAUUUUACUAUUUAUUAAAAACCUAAAUAAAAAAAUACUCAUGUUCUUUUCUCGUAACCAGAUGUUCUUUCAAUUAUAUACUAGUGUUCUUAAGGUGCACCAUGCUCUAUGUGCACCAUGGUCCACCUUCUAAAUUGCCGUAUGUGAUUGACUGCUGGUGAUUUGCCUUUUCUCUCUCGGUAUAUUGUUAAAUUGGCAACAUAUUAGAUAUUCAAUUUAUCAUUGACAGGUUUUUCAAAAGGUCUUGUGCGCACAAGGUGUACAAUAAAUUUAUUGUACACCAAGAUAACUUUUACUCAUUUUUGUGUAACUUUAACCUAGUUUUGAUU